AUGUUGCGGAAUACCCGCAGAAAGUCCCUGCACCUACCCCCUCAGAACAUUCGACUACGAUCGUCCUGGCCGAAAAUAACACGCCUGGCCGUUCAGUAUCAAGGAAACGUACUAGGGACUGUCGCCAUGAAUAGACCCCUACACGUACUUCAAUACAAUGUGAAUCGAUCAAAGGAUAGGGUAAUGGCACAGUUCCUCCGGGACCCUGCGGUCCUAGAGGCUGACCUCAUCUUUGUGCAAGAACCUUGGGAGAACCCCUACCAGGAUACCACCCACCAUCCUGCUAACGGCUCCCACCAGCUCCUAUACCCGGAUUCGACCGAGAUAGGGGACGAGCGGGCCCGCGUGUGCCUCUACAUAUCACGCCAAAUCGAUCCUAACACCUGGAAACAUACAGUGCAUUCGAAAGACGUCCAGGAGCUCAAGCUCACUGAUGCUGACGGCCAACAAGUGCGCAUCUUCAAUAUAUAUAAUCGACCUGACGAAGUGGAUAGCACUACCCUCGACCUUGUUACCUCUCUAACUACCCCUGCCGGCCCUACUAACAGCUCUACUAACCCCCGUUUGCUCCUACUAGGCGACUUUAAUCUCCACCACCCGGCGUGGGAAGGAGAACGCUCUAAAAGAGACUCCUCGUCCGACCAGUUACUGGAACUGAUAGAUACGAGGUACCUAGACCUCUGGCUGGAGCCAGGCACUACCACGUGGGAGCGCAACGGAAGCAAGACCACUAUCGAUCUGGUUCUCGGCUCGCAGGACCUGACUCCUAGGCUCGUUACCUGCGAGAUCAACGAGCGAAACCACGCAGAUUCGGACCACUAUCCAAUACGAACCCUUCUUGAUAUCAGCACUAAAACCCCCGAGGCACAGCGAAGAAGGAACUGGAAAGCCUGCAGUGUCAAAGACCUGCAAAGCUUCGUGGACCUCAACCUACAGAGCAAGGCCUUUCCCUUACAAACAAAGCAGCAUAUUGAGCUCGCUAUGGAAUACCUUAUCGAGACGAUCAACCAAGGAAUCGCUGCCUCUACCCCGUGGGCGAAGCCUAGCAAGUGGGCGAACCCUUCAUUCAAUGCAGAAUGCCGCGAAAUGGUCAAAAUUACCCGGAAAUUCCGGCGUGAGUACACAGAAUCAGUUAUUGCGAACGGCCCUACCGACCCUACUACAGGCCUCCGGUGGGAGCGCUACACCAAAGUUAGGAACCGUAAAGGAAAGGUAUUGGCUAAGGCACUGCGCCAGGGCCACCGCUCCUGGGUCCGCAAGGCUACCGAAUCAGGCCCUCGAGGCAUGUGGAAGUCGGCUAAGUGGGCAAGAAGCAGAGAAGCCCGCGGAGGCCUUAUACCGACGCUAAAGACAGAUGGCGGGCUCGCAGAGACCGCAGAACAGAAGGUAGAGGCAUUCCGCAAAGCCUUCUUUCCUGAACCACCCCCGGCCGACCUCUCUGAUAUCCCUACGGCUCGGAUACCCCCCCAGAUCGACUUCCCGGACCUUACCGAGCACGAGGUACUCCGUUGCAUCAGACGGGCGCCUCCCGACAAAGCACCAGGGCCGGAUGGCAUCCCCAACAAGGUCUGGCACUGGUUGGGUGAGGUCUCUUCCUUUCUCGCGGCACUAACGCAGAUAUUUAACGCGUGCCUACGUCUUGGACACAACCCGGAAUACUUUCAGCAAUCGACUACUGUAGUACUGCGUAAAGCAGCCCCCCGGGACUAUCGUAUCGCCAAAUCCUACCGACCUAUAGCGCUCCUGAAUACCCUCGGUAAGAUCCUGGAGGCCGUGGCUACAGUACGGAUCGCCUGGGCCCUGGAGGAACGUAAUCUCCUACCCAGGAGCCAUCUAGGGGGCCGCAGGGGCAUCUCAGUCGAUCACCUGAUCCAGUUGCUUCUUGACCAGAUCUUUGAGAACUGGGGCAAAGGCCGGAAAGUCAGUAUGCUACUUCUAGACGUAGCUGGCGCCUUCGACAACGUCUCGCAUAUACGGCUCCUCCACAAUCUACGUAUGAUAGGGCUCGAUUUCUUCGCCGGCUGGCUCAAGUCCUUUCUAUCGAACCGAUCGACAAGGCUGCAGCUCCCCGGAUAUCUCAGCAACCUUAUUUCAACCCCUACCGGGAUCCCGCAGGGGUCCCCUAUAUCGCCGAUCCUAUUCCUCCUAUUCAAUACCCCCCUCAUUCGCGCCCUAUCGAUCGACGGUAUCGAGGCCCUUCGGAUUCAGCCACCCCUCCUGGAGGGAGGCAAGACGGUUUCCUACGGGUGGAUUGACGAUGUUGCCACCCUGGCCAUCUCGGAUAGCUACGCGGUCAACCAGCGUCUUCUAGAGAGGGCCCUGGAUAAGGCCGCGGUAUGGUCAAGGCAACAUUCGUCCAAAUUUGCCCCCGAUAAGUUCGAACUCAUUCAUUUCAAGAACCCGCUUCGCCCUGACCCUGCGGUAGAACGACCUGUACCGCAGGAAUAUAUAUACACUGAGCCGUGGCAGGGAGAGGACCCAGAGGUUGACAACUGGGAUCCCCCAAUGGAACCCCCUGGUCACGACCAGCUGCCCAUCAAGGACCACGCAACCGGCUCUAUCAUCAAGCCAGUGGAGUACGCCAAAUAUCUAGGAAUCUGGUUCGAUAGGACCCUUUCGUUUGACACUCACAGGGCCAAGGCCCUUGCCAAGGCGAACAGAACUUUGGAAGCCCUCCGCAGCAUCUCAGGCUCGACCUGGGGGACCUCCCUGCUGAGCAUGCGCCGCAUCUACCUAGCAGUGAGAAUUCAAACCCGCGCAGCUAUUCUUAUCAGUAGCGCGUUCCGUAACACGGCUUCAGCUGCACUAGAGGUAGAGCUCUACCUCCCCCCUAUACGAAUACAGAUGCAACAAACUAUUCAAGAGGCGGCCAUUCGGAUCCAAACCGGGCCGGCUAUAGCCUGCCCCCGGGGCCUCCGCUGGGAAAGGUCGAAAGAGGCAUUCAAGGCCUCCGGAUACUCUCCGAUGGAGGCGCUGAAGUGGAAGAAAACAGGCCCGCUAUAUGGAUACGGCAGCAGGCAGGAGGUGUGGGAGACCAGACGGGCUCAUGUGUUGGCCCCGUGGGAGUCGCCCCUCAGGUGCAUCAUUGAGGGGGCAGAGGAGGCAGUCCAGACCCACGAUAGAAUCUGCCGCGAGGACCGGCAGAUCUGGUAUACAGAUGGAAACGGCUAUCAGGGGAUGAUCGGAGCUGCCGCGGUCUCUAUUCGAGCAGAUCGGGCGAAGCCUAUCCCGAUCACGGUCUUCUCAGACAGCCAGGCAGCUAUUCAAGCCGUGCGCAACCCCGGCCGGCCAUCGGGCCAGUACGCAUUGCGGGCUAUUUAUGAGAGGAUCAGGACCCUGCGGAGCGAGGGCCUAGAGGA